AUGGCAAUUGAAGAUGCCGCCGCGUUGGGCGUGCUUCUCUCAAACAUGACUUCGAAAGACGACAUCUCGGCCCGUCUGGAUAUGUUUAACCAGCUGCGAGUGAAGCGCGUAGCGGCUACUCAGACUGCAUCUUCGAUGCACCAGUGGGAUCCGACUCGUGUUUCCGAGGAGCAGAGACAAUACUUUGACGGCGACGUCCCACAAGACAUUGAAAUAUUCAGUUACGAGAACAGUGUCAUUCGCGAUGCAUUUAACCUCUUGGAAAGGGCUUGA